AGGGUGUGUUUUGCCAGAGAGAAAAAAGAAAAGAAAAACCUCCCGUCGUACUCUCCCACUGGGCAAGCCGCUUGGUCUCUUCAAUAAACACAGCGCAAAGGCGCGGUAAUAGAAUUCGUUCUUCAAUUCACCAAACUGACCAGAAUUAACUGCCAUCGCCGGCCAAAAUCUCAAUCCAGCUUCGUGAUCUCGAACCAGUUUCUCUUCAGAAACUUCACAAUUCAGACGCUGAAAUUCGAAUCUACAAAUGUUUACUCAAUUUGGAUCAACUUCCGAUACGCUGAGUAAGGCUUCGACCAUGGUGUUUCGGAUCGGCACAGACGCCCACCUCUACGACGAUCCCGAGGAUGUGAACAUCGCUCCCUUGCUCGACAGCAAGUUUGAUUCCGAAAAAUGCGAGGCACUCAAGCGCUUACUUGCUCUCAUUGCUCAGGGUUUUGAUGUUUCCAACUUCUUCCCUCAGGUUGUUAAGAACGUUGCAUCGCAGACAUUGGAGGUGAAGAAGCUGGUUUACUUGUACCUGUUGCAUUAUGCUGAAAAGCGUCCAAAUGAAGCGUUGCUGUCUAUCAAUUGUUUCCAGAAGGAUUUGGGGGAUACAAAUCCUCUUGUGAGGGCAUGGGCAUUGCGAACCAUGGCAGGAAUUCGUCUACACGCCAUUGCACCUCUUGCUCUUGUGGCAGUGAGGAAAGGUGCUAGGGACCCAUCUGUGUAUGUCAGAAAAUGUGCAGCCAAUGCUCUUCCAAAGCUUCAUGAUUUGCGCUUGGAAGAAAUUGCCUCGGAUAUCAAAGAGAUUGUGCUGAUAUUGUUAGGUGAUUCCUCCCCUGGUGUCAUUGGUGCUGCCGCUGCUGCAUUUGCUUCUAUUUGUCCAAAUGAUCUGACUUUGAUUGGAAAAAAUUAUAGAAGGUUAUGCGAAGUCUUACCUGAUGUUGAGGAAUGGGGUCAAAUAAUCUUGAUUGGAAUCCUUUUGCGCUAUGUUGUAGCAAGUAUUGGGCUUGUUAGAGAAUCCAUUAUGCAUUCUCUGCAAUCUGUAGAGGAUUCUAGUUCAGAAAAGAAUGGCGUUGCAAACAAUUUUACAUCAGCCAAUGAAGAUAGUGAGAUGAAUGGAUUUAAUGAUAUGGCAUUAACAAAUAUGAUAUCCAGAUGUUAUACUGAAGGGCCGGAUGAAUAUUUAUCACGACUAAGUUAUUCGAAUGAAGUUUUUCCUAAACUGGAUGAUGGACAUUUUGUGUCUAGUAAGGAGAAUGAUGAUAUCAGGAUCUUAUUGCAGUGUACGUCACCUUUGUUAUGGAGCAAUAAUAGUGCUGUGGUUCUUGCUGCUGCUGGCGUACACUGGAUUAUGGCUCCAAGGGAGAACAUAAAAAGAAUUGUCAAACCGUUAGUGUUCCUACUCAGAUCAUGUGAUGCUGCAAAAUAUGUGGUUCUCUGCAAUAUUCAAGUGUUUGCUAAGGCAAUGCCUUCUCUCUUUGCGCCACACUAUGAGGACUUCUUCAUCUGCUCUUCAGAUUCAUAUCAAGUAAAAGCAUUGAAGCUUGAGAUACUAUCAUCCAUUACUACUGAUUCAUCUAUUUUAUCAAUCUUUAAUGAGUUUCAGGAUUACAUUAGAAACCCAAACAGAAGGUUUGCAGCUGAUACGGUUGCUGCAAUUGGCUUAUGUGCUGGGCGGCUUCCAAAAAUAGCCAAAAUGUGUUUGGACAGGCUAUUGUCUUUAAUAAGACAGGACACUUUGACUUGUGAUAAUGGAGCCAUGGAUGAAGAGGCUGCUGUACUGAUUCAGGCAAUUACAUCCAUCAAGUUUAUUGUUAAGGAAGAUCCAGCCAGCCAUGAGAAGGUUAUUAUUCAGUUGAUUCGUGGUUUGGAUUCGGUCAAGGUUCCUGCAGCCCGUGCUAUGAUUAUUUGGAUGGUAGGGGAGUAUAGCACUUUGGGGGAUAUUAUUCCAAGGAUGUUGGUUAUCGUGGCCAAGUAUCUUGCAAGGUCGUUUAUUUCAGAAGCACUGGAAACGAAGCUUCAGAUACUGAAUACAAUGGUUAAGGUCUUAUUGCGAGCAAAAGGGGAAGACAUGCUAACCUUUAAAGUAAUUUUAGGCUAUAUGCUCGAAGUGGGAAAAUGUGAUUUAAAUUAUGACCUUCGUGACCGUGCUGCCUUUAUUCAAAAACUCCUGUCAUCCCAUUUGGAUAUGGAAGUUCCUGAAGAGGGUCUAUCCAAACCUAGAGAUCAGUCAUGGGAACUUGCAGAGCACAUUUUUGGAGGACAACUAAAAGCAAUACAACCUGAACCUAUCAAUUAUCGAUUUUAUCUUCCAGGAUCUCUUUCACAAAUAGUUUUUCAUGCAGCUCCAGGUUAUGAACCUCUUCCAAAACCAUGCACCUUGGAUGAAGCUGCAAGUACAUCAGGAGAUGGGGCAGUUGAGAGUGAUUCAUAUGAGACAGAUAAUACAGAGUCAUCAUCUGGAUCCUUGGAUGAGGAUAGUGAUUCAGAUUAUAAUUCUCAGCAUUCUUUCAGUGGUUCUAGUGGCAGGGAUGAAAGUUAUGGAGCAAAUCAUCAACAGGAAAAUGCUAGUGCUGAUCCAUUGAUCGAACUUUUUGAUCAUGGCAAUUCUCAUAAAACUCAGAAUGGAGACUCGGCCUCUGGUUCAGCAGAGUUGGAUGAAUUGAUGUCAAAGAAUGCCCUAGAAUCAUGGCUGAAUGAACAGCCAAAUUUAGCAAGUCUAAGUACCUCAGAGAAGGCUGUAGUUCGAAGAUCCUCCGCUAGAAUAUCUAUAGGAGAUCUUGGGAAACUUGUAACACGUAAAAGCUAUCAACUUCUGGAUCCUGCUAAAGGAAAUGGCUUGAAGGUGGAGUACUCAUUUUCAUCUCAGACUUCAAGCAUAUCUCCUCUUCAUGUUUGCAUUGAAGCAUCCUUCAAAAACUGUUCUACUGAGCCAAUGACUGAAAUUAUGUUGACUCAUGAGGAAUUCAACAAAGUUGUGGAUUCAAACGACAAAGUUUUGGUUGGAAGUGAGAGCUCCUCUACAUCUAAUAACACCGUGACGGCACCAGUUUCCAUGGAAAAUAUUACAUCUCUGGGACCUGAUCAGAUGGUCGAUAGAAUUCUUGAGGUUCAAUUCAAUCACCACCUCUUGCCUAUGAAGUUAAAUUUGUACUGUAAUGGCAGGAAGCAUCCUGUUAAGCUGCACCCUGACAUUGGAUAUUUUGUGAGACCACUUCCAAUGGACAGUGAAGCCUUCACAGCUAAGGAAUCUCAGCUACCGGGAAUGUUUGAGUACCUGAGGAGAUGCACAUGCACUGACCACCUUGAGAAGUUUAACGAUGAAAAGAAUGAGAGUCCAAUAGAAGAAGAUAAAUUUCUUCUCAUCUGCAAGAGCUUAGCAUUGAAGAUGCUAGGCAAUGCAAACAUUUUCCUAGUAUCCGUGGAACUCCCAGUGGCUAACUUUCUUGAUGAUGCAACCGGUCUGUGUCUUCGGUUCAGCGCAGAGAUUCUGAGCAACUCAAUCCCGUGCUUGGUUUCGCUGACUGUUGAAGGAAAAUGCUCAGACCCUCUACAUGUAACUGUGAAAGUAAACUGUGAGGAAACUGUAUUUGGGUUGAAUUUGUUGAACAGGAUAGUGAACUUCUUAGGCAACCCAUCUGCCCCCAAUCAGUAAAGGGUAAGUGUUCAAUUCUUUGUUAAUCAAAUUUUGUGCUGUUUCAUGUAGCAGUUUUUUCAAAAUAUUGUUUUUAGAAGGAUAAAUCUUGUCUUUCACCUGUAAAAUGUCUUUAUUCAUUUGUUAAGUUUUAUAAAUUUAUAUUGAAUUU